GCGCCGUAGCGUGGGGUUUCCCGGGGCUGAGCGCAGGGUUACCGCGCCCAUCGCCGCUUGCUUCAUGGCCGGGGGAAGAGACUGAGGUGCGGGAGAGGAACGAGAAAGCCUGGCGAAGGAACGAGAGGCAACAAAAUAAAUAAAUAAAAAAUACCCAGCCACACCAGACUAGAAGGGUUAGGGAAGCGGCCGCGGGCUCUGAACAGACGCAGCGAGUCGGGGCGGCGCGACGCCCGUUUGGUGAGAAUUUAACCGGCUUCACGGCUUUGCGGUGCCUCCUGUCCGUUUGCGCCGCCGGCGUGCCCGGUGUAUUACACUCGGCAGGUCGGGAAAAUAUAUAUCAUUUAAAGAACUGGGGAACGGGGAGUGCCGCCCCUCGGUAGCUAGUCGGCUUAGCCAGCUGAAAGUCUGCUGAUCGCCGGUUGAUGAGGAGGAGCGCAAUCGGACGGUUUCUGUCUCCACCGUCACCAGUCAAUGCCAUAUAUACACAACGGACACCGACGAGUAAAAAAACUGUUGUGGGGUACUUUUAACUUCUAAAGGAUGGUUUUUUCAUUUAGCUGUAUCUCACCAGGAAGAGGUAGCCAUUUUUCUGAGCACCAUCUUGGGGUCAAUCAUUGUGAACAAAACAGAUUUGCCAGUGUCUCGCCGGCCAGAGUGAAGUCUACUGUUUAGAGGAAGAUGAGUGAACUGGACCAGCUACGCCAGGAGGCUGAGCAACUCAAGAACCAGAUCAGAGAUGCCAGGAAAGCCUGUGCAGAUGCCACCUUGUCCCAGAUCACGGCGAAUGUGGAUCCCGUCGGCCGGAUCCAGAUGCGCACUCGGAGGACCCUGAGGGGUCACCUGGCUAAGAUCUAUGCCAUGCACUGGGGCACUGACUCCAGGCUCCUUGUCAGUGCCUCCCAGGAUGGAAAGCUAAUCAUCUGGGACAGCUACACCACCAACAAGGUGCAUGCUAUCCCUCUCCGUUCCUCCUGGGUCAUGACCUGCGCCUAUGCGCCUUCCGGGAACUACGUGGCCUGCGGUGGCCUGGAUAACAUCUGCUCCAUCUACAACCUGAAGACCCGCGAGGGCAACGUGCGUGUGAGCCGUGAGCUGGCUGGACACACAGGUUACCUGUCCUGCUGCCGUUUCCUGGAUGACAACCAGAUUGUUACUAGCUCUGGAGACACCACUUGUGCCCUCUGGGACAUCGAGACUGGCCAGCAGACGACCACAUUCGCCGGCCACACUGGUGAUGUCAUGAGUCUCUCACUGGCUCCUGACAGCCGGCUGUUCGUCUCCGGGGCCUGUGACGCCUCCGCUAAGCUCUGGGACGUGCGGGAAGGCAUGUGCAGGCAGACAUUCACCGGCCAUGAGUCUGACAUCAACGCCAUCUGUUUCUUCCCCAAUGGCAAUGCGUUUGCCACGGGUUCGGACGACGCCACCUGCAGGCUGUUCGACCUGCGUGCCGACCAGGAGCUGAUGGUUUACUCGCACGACAACAUUAUCUGUGGCAUCACCUCCGUGGCGUUCUCCAAGAGCGGCCGGCUGCUGCUGGCAGGCUAUGACGACUUCAACUGCAACGUCUGGGACACCCUCAAAGCCGACCGUGCUGGUGUUCUGGCAGGUCACGACAACCGCGUCAGCUGUUUGGGUGUGACAGAUGAUGGCAUGGCGGUAGCCACUGGCUCAUGGGACAGUUUCCUUAAGAUCUGGAACUGAGGCCUGGAGGCUGCGUUCGGAUUCAAUUCGACUGGAAGACCAUUCCGACAUUUAAAGUUAAACUUCAUUGUAUAUCCAAUCUUCUCAAACAACAAAAGAACUGUAAAGAAAACCCCAGGAACCUUCAAUGGGAAAAGGCCUUUCCUCUUCCUCCAAAAUAAAAAUAAGAGCACAAUUGAUAGCCCCCCCCCCCCCCCCCCAGAUAAGAGCAGCGGAGAAUCCCUGUGGUAUGAAAUGAGUAACAAGGAAAUUUGUGAAUUUUUUUUUUUCCUGGGACCAUUUUAUGUUUCUAUCUUGAAAUAGGAAAAACACAACACUAUCAUCCCAUGCAAAAGUGUCAUGUAUCUUGAAAAGAAAUGUUGGAGUGUAAUUGUACAAAAUGGUUAGUUUUUAAUUUUUCCUUUUUCGUUUCAAGGAUUCUGUGGGUGAAACUCUUGGUUUGUGUUCAGAGGAGAAUGAGCUUUUUUUUUUUGUCUCAGUCUAAGUAUUUUGGAUUUCAGUUUGUAGAUAAGUUUUAAUACAGAAGCCUGCCAUUUUUUCUCCAGCUUUACUGGUUAAUGUACCACAAACAAAUGGUGAGAGCUUUAUUGGAAAUUCCAGCCAGCUUUCAGAGGAUGCCACCUCUGUACGGUUAGUCCUGGAUGGUUAUUCCUUUUACAUUUCCUUACUGUUUUUCUGUCUUGCCACAAAUGGAAACUUUGAAUAUACUGAGUAACGUUAAAGCAUCCGCUAACCAAGCACAUACUGAUAAAGGUGAUGAAUGCUUGUUUUUACAAACAAAAAGAGCAGUUAACAACAUUUUGUCCUUGUACAUUGUUAUUGGGUAAUAUAGAAUAAUUUAAGAUUAACCACACAUCUGUGUUUCCUUUUUUAUUAAUAGGCCAGGGUUGUGCGUGUGUGUGGUUGUGCGUGUGGGUGUAUGUUCGGGGAAUCUCCCUCCGGAACUUCCUGUUUAAUCUGGGGGUAUGUUCCGUGCUUGGAAAUGUAGUUCCUUCUGUAUGAAUGAAAUGUACAAGUUGCCGAAGAUUAGUGAAACUGGUGUGUUUAUUUUAAGGCGUUAAAAAAUACAAAAGUUUCAGCCUGGGGUGGUGGACUCCUAGAGUGACACCAGAAGGUGCAUCUGGGCCUCAGCCUGAGCGAGGAGAGUCGGCCUUCGCUGUAUGCAUUCAUCCCCCCCCAAGUCUGAGCCAGGCACGGAACCGUACAUCAAGCCCACGCUGUCCACAUUUACAAUGAUUUGUUGUGAAAUAACCACACCACCUCACACACACGCAUGCAUACACACACGCACACACUCAGACACGCAUGUGCACACAUCCGGCUAAGAGAUUGAUUUAUGUAGCAGCCCGUUUUUUCCAGUACCGAAACGAGUGCUAGAAUCAUUUUGUAACACAGGAUUUUCUGACUUAAUUUACUGUAAAAAAUAAAUAAAUAAAAAUUUCAAAAAAAAAAAUAAGGGGGGGGCCAGCCUGUGAUGGGCAGCGCCGCCCCGUUCCUGCGACAGAUGCCGUCCUUAGCACUAGCGACAUCUUCCAUUUUGUUGUUUCCUAUGCGACACUGUACAAAACAAUGUGAUGUAAUUGUGUUAGGCCUGGAGUUAAAAAAAUAAUAAUAAACAAUGAAUGAAUUUCCUUUUCUCUUUCCAUGAGAAGUGUAGAGCUGCACCACUGUACCCACUUCAGUUUUUUUGUAUUUAAUUUCAAAGUCUUUCAGUGUACUGCAGAAAGCUGGAUGCAAGAUAGAAACUAUAUUAAAAUGUACUGUUAUUUAAGAUGUAAUAAAAAAGCAGUUUGAGACGUU